AUGCACACCGAGCUUUACACAUGGGGUGGGGGCUUUCAUCAAGUGCCAAGAGAGUUUGUGCUACCCGCAAGAACCGUUCGCGUUGUGUGGCAGCAAUGGUGUGCUGGGCAACCGCCACUAAAGCAGCUAUCAAAGCACGAUAUGGCUUCAAGACUACAAAAGAUCCGGCUUGCAGAGCUUCAGCGGCUGAUGCGCUUCCAAGUAAAGAAUCGUUUACCGUUCUCAUCGACGUCGAGUAAAGGAAGAGCGCAUAGACUUGACCAACUAUCGUGGAGAACACUCGCCCGUGAGCAUGCAAGGCACAGCUCCAGCUAG